AUGUCCCACAGCUACUGCCGUUCACUCAGGGGCUUCUAUAAUGUCCCACCACUGUCUGCCAUCGUACAUGGCACUGACCCUAUAAUUUUUGAAGAUGGAUUUUGUUUACCCAGCUGCUGCCAUGGCAGAACCUGGCUCCUGGACAACUUUCAAGAAGCCUGCAGUGAAACCACCAGUUACCAACUGAAGAAGUGUAAGCAGAACUUGUGCACAGAGGACAGCUGUGUGCAAAGCGCCUGCCUCCCCAGAGUUGUGCAGAUAACGAGUACUAAUUCCAGGCCCUGUGAAAGGACAACAUGCCAAGCAGGAGCCGCUUCAGCAGCGUCAGAGUGGGUUCCCCAGUCUUGCCAGUCAGAAAGCAGCCAGCAAAUGGGCUGCGUAGUUUGGAGGUGCCAGCCUGCGAGCUACAUGGCAAGGAGUUGCCCAACCAAGACUUAUGUGUCUAAGAAUCGCCAAACUCUGGAAUGUGAAUUCAGGCAAAGCCAGUUUCAGGAACCUGAAUCUAGCUCCUAUAGACCUUUGGUCUAUGUCUCACCUGAGCCACAACUCCUGGAAUCUUCUAGCACUUAUGAACCAACUUGCUGUGUUACGGGUGGUUUGCAAUUACCUAGUAAGUGA